AUGUUUGUACGAAAUUUAGUUGAUAUGACCAUGGCCAAUUUUGGCAGAAUCGAUUCUCUCGUUCUUAACGCCGGUAGGCUCGAUCCUAUCGGACAUAUCUCCAAUUUAGACAACGAUGAAGUGAAGAAUUUGUUCGAUAUCAACUUCUUUUCAGCGAUAGAACUUGUUAAACAAGCCCUCCCACAUCUAAAGGAUACAGCCAACAAGUCGAAUCGUAGUUCUUCUUGUAUCUUCGUCUCGUCCGGAGCUUCUACUAAACCCUACGAUGGAUGGAUGGCAUAUGGCGCUUCAAAGGCUGCUCUAAAUCAUCUUUGCUUAGAUUUAAGCGUGGAGGAGGCACCUUUGAUCCGAUCAAUUGCUGUAGCACCCGGUGUGGUUGAUACAAGUAUGCAAGUUUAUAUUCGGGACGCUGGCAGGGAAAAAAUGAAGCCUGAAGCACUUAAAAGAUUCACCGAUAUGCACAAAAAUGGUGAGCUAUUGCCUCCAGAAGUGCCUGGUAAUGUAUAUGCAGAGCUCGCAUUAAACGGUAUUCCUGACAACUUAAACGGGAAAUUCACUGAUUUGGAUAUUGAUAUGAACAAUUAUCCUACAAACUUGGCAAAGGACUGCCUUGUUCAGGAACCGAAGAGAAAGUAUGAUACAUAUGCUAUGACUAUGGGGAUGGGUGACCUGAAGACGGGUAACUCGUCCUCUCUUCCAAUUCCAUCUGCCCCAUUGAAGAUAUCCAACUUUAAUAUACAGAAGGACCUUACUAAGCGGAUCUCCAGCUUGAGUAUCAUUCAAACUAUAAACAAGGGAUUGAAGGGAAGACAGAUAGAACAAGAACAAGGAGAACAGAGGGACCAAAGAGAACAAAGAGAACAAAGAGAGACCAAUUUGGUCAAUGUGCCUAAUUCUUCGACGGCUUUCAAAUAUGCUCACAAUACUUUAGACUUAUUAGCGUCUACACCUUCGAUACCUAUAGCAGAUCAUAAGGAAUCAAACGAUCUAGACUCUCAUAUUCUUGAAAAUCGUCUCAGUCGCGUUUUGAACCAGAAUAACUACGAUUCGACACUUCGACAAUCACUUUCAAUGAUUGAAAAGAGACUGAAUAGGGAAGAGAACACUUCUGAGGCCGAGGCCGAUAACUACCAGUAUAUUACGUCUCCAGGCACUCAAGGAUUGAUUUCCAGACGCAAAUUGCGGGAUAACAUCGAAGAAGACAUCCUUAAACAGCACUAUUUAACACUUCGAGGCUUCCAACCAAUAGCAGAGAAGUUGGAAUAUCUCAGGAACGAUUUGGCCGAUAUGAAUAGCUGCUAUGGUGAUUUGAAUCAGCAAUUAAGAUCAAUUAUCGAUUCUUCGCAAGGAGUACGCCAUAAUAUGGCUGAAGAAACUAAACAAAGAGACGUGAUCAGCAUCAAAAAGAAUCUUCUAUCUAGCUUCAAAGCCAAUUUCACCUUGAACCAGUACGAGGAACAUUAUUUGAUGAACGAGGGAAUUGAUGAGGAGUAUUUUAACUUACUUUCUAAAGUUUCUCGGAUUCAUUCAAAUUGUGAUAUUCUUCUCAGUAUGAAUAACGAUAAAUUAGGAGUGUCUAUUAUGACACAGAUGGCCCGAAUAAUUGAUAUUGCCACCGAUAGAAUGGCUUCUUAUCUCAAAAAGAAUCUAAACUCGACUUACCAGGAAGAUACAGUUAAUAGAGAUUCAAGAACCAUCAGCAGUCUUCAGAGGGCUCUUAUAUAUAUUAGGAAGAACAGCAUGGAGAAGUUUAAUGGUGUUGUAGCGGAUCUAGUGGAGAACAGAUCACGUUUGCUUUCCGAAGAGUUCGACAAUCAAUUAAAGGGAUAUUCAGAGGCUGCACAAACUCAAGAGGACUCCCGAGAGAACUUUCAAAGAACGUCCAAAAAGACUUCUAGAAAGACUCUUUUCAUGUCCCCUUACGACACAAAACGGUUUGCAUCGGACAUGUUGGCAUACGUUCAUAGUGUGAUAGUGAACGAGCUAGAAAUGGCUGAGUCCUUGUUUAAUUUUGACCAAGCAGAAGUGGAAAACAAAGAUUUGCUAUUAGUUAUUAAGUCAGUGGGUAACAAGGUGAUUGAUUCACUUAGCCUACCUUUAAGGGCUAGUCUAGAGGGUAUUUUAAGACAGGAAGCGAAACCUGGAGUUGUUAUCGAGUUAUAUCAAUUGCUAGACUUGUACCAUAUGAUGUACAGCAAACUUAUUGACGUCAGCAAGAGCGAAUUACUCAAUACUCUUGUUCACUUGAAGAUUGAGGCGAAAGAUCGCCUCUUUAACAUGAUACAUGUUCGACUCAAAGACCUCAAAGUGGAAAGUGGGGCAGAAGAAAUUGAUGACGAUUUCCUUGGAUUACCAGAUUGGCUAAUUGACUUCUAUUCGAAUUUUCUUGUCAUAUUUGAAGGAGAUGAUGGAGACAUGCUUUUAGGUAUGGACAAAGAUCAAAGAAAUAAGGUCGAAUCGUUGAUUGUAGACGAACCGCUGAAGAUUUUAGAGGAACAAGUGAAGAAGUUGAAGUUGUCACGUCGUUCAAAGCUUAUUUUUGAGAUAAAUUGCAUUGAUUUUCUUUAUUCAAAGAUUGAGGUGAUAUCCAGGCUAAGUAAAAAGACAGAAGAGAUUUCGGAAAAGUUACAGGUACUGGUUAAGGAGCUUUCAGACAACUUAUUUGAUGACCUUCUCAAGCACUCGGGAUUAUUUGAUAUCUAUAACUUGGUCAAUAUGAUUUUUGCUUUGGAAGAUGAUUUCUUUGACGUUUCUUUGUACCAGCCAAUAACAGAGAACAAGUUGUUCAACUUACUGACGUUCCAGGAUGCCAACACAAAACUCGGAGACUUUUUGGCUACAUAUAUCACAUCGAAUGACCUCAAUAAUCUCAUCUCUCCGACAAUUCUUAGUCAAGUUUCCGUGGAUCCAUCUUUAAAAUUCGUCAAAUUUUACAAUAAGCUUACGCAAAUCGUUGCGGACGACGUUGUUAGGAGUAGAUGA